CACAUGACGUCCGUAGCGCUGGAGAAGGACGUGUAUUAUCAUAUGGUGGUGAAGAGCGUUACCACAACACUUACAUACGCAAGACAGAGUCCACUAUCUGCGGCUUUGUGGGUGCGUCGUAAUAAUGCGAGGGGACGAAUGGCAGGACGGAUUUUCGCUGAGCCUCAACUGAGGCCACCACGUUUGAUCCACCUGACCUUGUCCUUAGCAGCUUCUGGACGCCGAUGUCACCAUCCACCCCAGAGUAUCCGCCAGCUCCUCUUCUCUUGCACACAGGCAAGGACAAAAUGUGUGAGUCGGACAGCUUCCGUCACACUAAAGCACACUUCACUCUGCUUUCCACAGUAUCAGGCUCUUGCGGCCUGUUCUGAUCUCGCCUCGCAGGAAUACUCGUUAAUCUAUGCCUUCCCAGCCAUCAGAGGACUGCGGGCGCUCUCCAGACUCAAGCUCCUACAAACAGGGGUCACCGCCGCUCUCCUGCCCACCGUGUAUUACUUCUACCUACAAGGACAGGCGUCCGUCACUCUUCUGACCUACACCACAGGCAUAGCUGCAUUCGCAGCCGUUAUGCUCUACACCAUAAGCCACUACAUCAGGCGAGUGGUGGGGAUGAUGUACCUGGACUCGACCCAAAGCACCUUAAAAGUGUCCCAUCUCUCUUUCUGGGGACACAGGAGGGACGUGUACCUGCCUGUGUCGGACGUCAUGACGCUGGGAGAUACGGGCGACUCUCCUGGUGAACCCAUCCUACGGCUGAAGCGAUACAGCUGCUCCGACACACUGUAUUACUUCCCCAGGCUGGGACGGGUGGUCGACAGACAUGGCUUUGAGAAAGUGUUCGGGACUUUGACACGAUAGGCGUGUGCGUCAUUGACCUGUAACCCUUUAAAUUAUGUCUGAUGUAUUAAUUAUUUGCUGUUUAAAAACAGAUAAAGUUGCCAAAAAAGUUUCACACACAGCUGUUCUGGUGUAUUUUAUAUUCUUCAGAAGGUUCUUUAGUAUUGACCAGAUUAAUCUCCCCCAAAAAACUUGGGGGGAAAAGUCUGAAAGCUGAAUUUUACUCACUUUUGUUUAAAUAAAAGUUUCAUGUGGUAUUUAAAUAUUACUUAAGUGUCAAAACAUACCAUUCACUCCCCCGUCCACAUAUUCAUUACAUAUUUCAAAACUGCCAUCAAAAACUCUUAAGUACAAUGAUUUUUUUAUUUAAUAUUUUACAUAAUGCACUGCACAUAAUCCAUUUAAACAAGGCUAAUUAAGUUACUCAGUGUUCUUUAGGUACAGACGAUAUCCACGACAUGCUCAGAAAAGCAUACAAUCACGAAAACAAUAAAAUGUUGUAUUGCCACCCCUUCA